AUGAGUGUACUCCUCACCUACGAAAAAAUAAUUCUGUGCCCUAAGCAAAAUUUAAGCGCAGCAAAUCAGUUCUAUACAAAUUUCUACAUACCCCUUGCAAACAAGGUUACUUUUUUUACUCGUCCCUUUUGGGUCAACAGAAGAAUAAGCGCCUUUGAAGAGGCGGCUCAUCAUGACAGGAAGUACAUCCAAUAUCAUGUCAUAGUAAAUGCGGUGAAAUUAUUUUUUUUAAAAAAGUAUUCGCAAGGUUGGAGUCCAUCCAUUCACCGUUGGAACAUUUUUGAAUCUAUCGGGAAGAAUAAUCCGUCUUACCUGACGUUUGCCAAGGGAGGCAGCACAGAUUCAAAUGAUGACACAACACAGGUGGGACGAAACACGUCUGAAAAAAAGACCAAUGUCAACAAUUCAAAUGGUGAGUCACAGUUAGACGAAAUCAAUUCGCAGAUUACACCACAUGAUGAAACAGAGAAAAUGCCAAAAGAUGCAGAGUCCCACUUGUUUGAGAGGGGCCCUUUCGCCAUCCAUUACUGGAAGAAGAAAAAACAAACGAACAGUACCCACUACAACAUAGACCCAUCGGCCAAAACGAAAAAGAUCCAAAUCUACUAUAACUGCGAAAUGACCGACAUGGAAAGAAAAAUUUGUAAAAUUAAAAAAUUUUUGCGAAAUGGAAAUCCCGUAGACAUUCUUUUAAUUUGUGAGAAAGACAGCGACUGCGACGACGAGGUUAAUCAAAAGAGAGGGGGAGGGGAAAAAAAGAAAAUGAAUAAAAAAAAUGAGGAGAGCACUUCCGAAGGUGGAACCACUUCCAUAUGCAAGGAUAAGAAUGAUUUUACCAACCGUGUUUUGUCACUGCAACUAGGUGAAGCGAAGUGUUCCCCGCACAUGAACGUCCGAGUGAAUUUCCUGAUGAGGCACUUGGCCAAAAUUGCAAACGUGGAGGAAACGUUUUGGCAUGUCCAGAACGGCAGGCGCGUCAUUCUGAUCAAGCUCUAUCCCAGGUGA